AUGCCUUUCCUUGACCACCUCCUCACCUACAAGAUCACAGCUUACAACACUAGGCACCAAAGAGGAAGAAAGCUUAGUGUUGGAGGGCUCAUCACACCUAUCUUGUGUGCUGCUGGAGUAAACCCAACUGAUAGGAGAGCUACUGAACCAGGUUGGAUGGACAUCAAGUUUUGCAAGACCAACCUCCUCAUUGAGCACAAGGAGUUGGAUGGGAGGUUCCAAUUCAAGUUCACACAUCCAUUGGCUGGACCCUCCAAGCUUCUCCUGCCCAACCCAGAGCUCACCACAGUUAGGAGCCUGAGCUCGAUCGAGCUGAGUCGAGCUGAGGUCGAGCUGAGGAUCGAGCUGAAUAUCAGGUCCAGGAGCGCUGAUUGGGUGAGCCUGAGUGCUACUACUUUGAGGAGUAUGAGGCUCCAAGGAUGA